AUUAAGCAUCAAAACAUAUCCAAAACUCCUAGAUUUUCAUUAUUUCUCAUUGAUCUUUGCAGAGAGAUAUGGGCUGCAGUAUUCAGACGUGUUUCUUUAAUCGACAAGUAAGUGAUUUAUGUCCAGCCAUUAAGCUUAUGAAAUCUAUGAGAAGAGCCAGAACUGCCCAUGUAGUUUCUGCUCAACUUUCGACUAAGGAAACUACUCCCAAAUCCACGAAAGUGGACAUCAACAUACCAGUGAUAGGGACAAAACAAGUUCCCUCUUAUGUCCCAACAGAAAUCUCUGGAAAAUUUGGGAGGUUUGGGGGCAGGUUCGUGCCUGAGACGCUCAUUGCAUUCUUGAAGGAGCUUGAAGCUGAAUUCAACUGGGCUUUACAUGACAGUCUGUUUCAGCAUGAACUUGAGACGGCACUAAGAGACUACGUGGGAAGGGAGACUCCUCUGUACUUUGCAGAGCGGCUCACGAAUCAUUACAAGAAUGAAGAUGGACAAGGACCAGAAAUUUACUUGAAGAGAGAAGAUCUUAAUCAUUGUGGAGCACACAAGAUGAAUAACGCGAUUGCUCAGGCAAUGAUUGCCAAACGCAUGGGUCUGAAAAGUGUUGUGGCGGCCACUGGGGCUGGACAACACGGAGUUGCAACUGCGGCAGCAUGCGCCAAGCUUUCUUUAGAGUGUAUUGUUUUCAUGGGCACUUCAGAUAUGGAAAAACAAUCCUCAAACGUACUUUUGAUGAAACUAUUGGGAGCUGAGGUUAAAGGUGUGGAAGGAAACUUUAAGGAUGCAAGCUCACAAGCUAUCAGGGAAUGGGUGGGAAACUUACAGACAACCUAUAACUUGACAGGUACUGUGGUGGGGCCUCAUCCAUGUCCAAGCAUGGUCCGCGAGUUUCAGUCAGUGAUAGGAAAGGAAACAAGGAGGCAAGCAAUGGAGAAAUGGGGUGGAAAGCCAGAUGUUGUGAUUGCCUGUGUAGGGAGUGGAUCUAAUGCAUUGGGGAUAUUCCAUGAAUUCAUAGGAGAUGAAGAUGUGAGGUUGAUAGGAGUUGAGGCUGCUGGGUUUGGUUUGGAGAGUGGGAAACAUUCUGCCACUCUGGCUAGAGGAGAAGUGGGAGUUUACCAUGGAGCCAUGAGCUACUUGUUGCAAGAUGAUGAAGGCCAGAUAACAGAACCACAUUCUAUUGGUGUGGGGCUAAAAUGCCCAGGAGUUGGUCCAGAGCUAAGCUUUCUUAAAGACACAGAACGUGCAGAGUUUUAUUCUGCUACAGAUAAAGAAGCUGUAGAAGCAUGCAAAAGGCUGAGCAGAUUAGAGGGUAUAAUUCCAUCUCUGGAGGCAUCUCAUGCUUUUGCAUUUCUAGAGAAACUUUGUCCUACUUUACCCAAUGGCUUCAAGGUCAUAGUAAACUGCAGUGGUCGUGGAGAUAAAGAUGCUGAAACAGUCUUAAACUACUAACAAUAUUCGUUGUGGGAUAAUGGAUCAAUGCCAAUUUAUAAUUAACAAGUGAUUGUGUUUAUCUUGUAAAAAUAAACAGUUCAAUUUUAUGUGAAAUGAUUGAAGACUGACUACAUGAGAAUACAAAGAAUCAAUAGUUAAAUAUCUCAAGUUGUUGUCAACUUCCAUGGUCCCAACUCCCAAGCGACGACUGCUACGUGCUGAGCCUUUGCUGCGUUAAUGGUCAACUGCGCCAUCAGAGAAUAGGAUGGUGGUGGGCCUCUAGUUGCGCAGGGUCCUGUCUGCU